GUUGGAAUGUGCUACUGAAACUGCCCGUUGUCCUUUUCCAGCAUGUUCUUCACACCACAUGAGCGCAAAAAUGGUACUAGGGUUUUGCUGCUGAUGCAACAUUGACUGUGAAGUGAAGCGGACAGUGAGGUGGCAAUUCCUCAAAAAUUUCCUUUACCAAAUUACUUGCAGUAAAUUUUUCCCAUCCUCCUCAUAUGUGCUGGGUCUAUAAAUUUUCCACCUUGGCCUUCCUUCUCAUCACAACCACUCAAAGCUCUUACUAGUGAGCAACUGCAGUGCAGAGAGUGAGAGAUGGCAACAUCAACACAGAUCAUGAACCCCAGCACUGAGGUUCUUGAGACUGCAGUGACCUCAGUGUUCCAGCCAGGGAAGCUUGCGGUCGAGGUGAUUCCAGUGGAUCAUGACACAAAUCCAACACCACCAAUCCCGAUCUUGAUUGCAUCUCCCAAAGAUGCAGGAACAUACCCUGUUGCCAUACUCCUGCAUGGUUUCUGCCUCCAGAACCAUUUCUAUGAACAAGUUCUCAGACAUAUUGCCUCUUUUGGCUUCAUCAUGGUUGCACCCCAGUUCCAUAUCAGCAUAAUGGCCAAAGGUGACACUGAGGACAUAACUGCAGCAGCCGAAGUGACAGAUUGGCUCACUAAAGGGCUACCGUCAGUCCUGCCCAAAGGCGUCAAGCCGAACCUUUCCAAAAUCGCUUUGGCCGGCCACAGCCGAGGUGGCCACACGGCGUUCUCUCUUGUCCUGGGGCAUGGUAAGACCAAUCUCAAGUUCUCUGCCCUCAUUGGUCUCGACCCUGUCGCCGGCACAGGUAAAUAUUUACAAAUCUCACCCAAGAUCCUCACCUACGAGCCGUCCUCUUUUGACAUAACUAUGCCGGUCUUGGUCAUCGGCACCGGGCUGGGAGAGGAGAAGAAGAACAUACUAUUCCCUCCCUGUGCCCCCAAGGAUGUCAACCACAGGGAGUUCUACAACGAGUGCAAGGCACCUUGCUACUACUUUGUGACCAAGGACUAUGGGCACCUCGACAUGCUAGAUGACGAUGCUCCAAAGUUCAUGACCUGCAUGUGCAAGGAUGGCAACAACUGCAAGGACAUGAUGAGGAGGACCAUUGCUGGCAUCAUGGUAGCGUUCUUGAAGGCUGUGCUCAAUGAAGAAGAUGGUGAUCUUAGAGUCAUACUGAAGGACCCUAAGCUCGCACCAACCACGCUCGACCCUGUUGAGCACCGUCUGGCAUGAGCAGAAAGAUCAUCAAAACAUAAGGACUUGUUAAUUUAAAAAACAGUCAGGUGCUUGCUUUUUUAUGCUUCCAAAAUAAAUGUCAGCUGCUGUUGUUGUAUGUUCUUUCCUAAGUCCAAAUCAUGAUGAACUGAGUAAAAACGGAGAGCACUCUGUCUAAAUGAUACUAGCAGCCUUUACCCCAAAAUCUAUUGGAAGAUGCUUCCUUUGAUAUUCAAUAAAAAUGAAAUCAUCCCAAGUAUUUCUUUUAAA